CGGUGGCAUGAGAAGAUUUGGCCCUCGUGGCUCUCGGUUAUACGUCACUAUAUGUUGACGUGUGCACUGUGGAGAGCUGUCUUGUUAGCAAAUAAUCAGCUAGCUGGACACGCUCCUUGAUAGUGGAUGGUUUAGCGUUAAGCACUGACAGCUGGCUGUUUUUGCAAACACAUAAACUUUGAAUAAUGGCGGCCGACUGGGAAGAAAUCCGACGGCUCGCUGCUGAUUUUCAGAGAGCACAGUUUGCUGACACUGUGCAAAGGCUGUCUGAGAGGAAUUGCAUUGAAAUUAUUACAAAACUGGUCCAAGACAAGAAGCUGGAUGUGGUGCACACACUUGAUGGAAAGGAGUACAUAACGCCGGCCCAGAUCAGCAGGGAGAUCCGAGAUGAACUCUACGUCCAUGGAGGGCGAAUCAACAUCGUUGACCUCCAGCAGAUUCUCAACGUGGAUUGGGUCCAUGUUGAAAACAGAGCGAGUGAGAUUGCCAAAUCUGAUAAAGGGGUUCAACUUGUUCUGGGACAACUUAUAAAUGACACGUACCUUGACCGAUUGGCUGAGGAGGUGAAUGACAAGCUGCAAGAAGCUGGCCUGAUCAGUAUUGCAGAACUGUGUAAGAACUAUGACCUCCCGGGAGAUUUCUUAUCUGAGGAGCUGUCCAAGCGUUUUGGGAAGCUAAUCCAAGGAGAAAUGGACCAGUACAACAGGGGGGUUAUAUUUACUCCAGCUUUUGUUGCCCGUCACAAAGCCAGGAUACGAGGGCUUUUCAGCGCCAUCACAAGGCCGACACCUGUCAGCAGCAUGAUUGGAACAUUUGGAUUUCAAGAGCAUCUCCUGUACUCCGUCCUGGAGGAGCUGGUGAAUACUGGACGCCUGAAGGGUAGCGUGGUCGGAGGGCGGCAGGACAAAGCCGUGUACAUCCCUGAUAUUUAUUCCAAAACUCAGAACGCCUGGGUGGACUCUUUCCUCCAGCAGAACGGCUAUCUAGAGUUUGACGCUUUGGUCAGACUGGGGAUCCCGGACCCCUCCAGCUACAUUAAGAAGCGCUUCAAGUCCAACAAGCUGCUGUUCCUCCGAGCCGCCUGCGUGGGUCAGGCUCUGGUGGACCAGGUGGAGGCCUCUGUCGAGGAAGCUGUCAACUCCGCCACAUGGACCGACAUUCAGCCGAUUUUGCCCAGCUGCUUGUCAAUGGAGGACGUUGGGAUGCUGAUCAGCCAGGCUAUGAGGAACACCAACGUCCAGUCCUCUGCUAGAGUGCUGGGAGACACGGUCGUCGUCAGUGAGAAGUUCCUUAGCAACUGCCUCUCUUUAUUUGAUGAAGCCAUGCAGCAGAAAGCUCAGAAGGAAAUCAAGAACAAUCCAGUGUUUCUGAUAACUGAAGAUGACCUGAAACAAGCUUCAAUGCUCACGGAGAGCUCCGCCACUUCUAAAAAGGAAAAGAGAGAAGCAGAGCGCAGGAAGAAGGCGACAGAGGGCAGUGGCAGUGUGAAAUCAGGUGGAGGAGGCAACGCCCGAGAGAUCCGGAUUCGUAAAACCAAGAAGAAAGGGAGGAAAGAUGAGGACAGCGAUGAGGAAACCGGACCAGCACAGCAAAAUCGCAGUAAACAGACUGCAGCCCCUUUUAUGGCCCAGGAAGAGAUCGUAGCCGUUUUAGAGGAAAGAGUGAGCGACUGCCCCGAAGAAAUCCUCUCUGAGCUGGCCGAGCAUUUAGUGAGGCCUCUUAAUAAAGCCUACCAGGAGGUGCUGCGGACGGUGUUCAUGUCCUCCACAAGCUCUCCAUCAGGUGCCAAUAAGAAGAAGAGCAUGAAGGAUCUACAGGAGGAGAUCUCCAGCCUGUACAACAACAUCCGACUCUUUGAAAAGGGCUGCAAGUUCUUCUCUGAUGAUACCCAGGUCCACAUUGCCAAGCACAUCCUGAAGACCCUGUGCUCAGAUGUCACCAACAUCCUGGUCAACUUCCUGGCUACUGACCUGAUGAUGUCAGUGGAGAACCCCAGCACCAUCACCAACGAGGUCAGAGUGAAGAUUUUGGGCAAACUGUCGGAGGAGACUAAAGGGCCUCUCACAAAACUGCACAACAGCCUGAACGGCAAAAGUAUUGAAGACUUCCUGACCAACAUAGAGAUCUGUGCAGAGGUGUGUGGGUUCAUGCUGAAGAAGGCAGACAAGAAAAAAGAGAGACAGGCCCUGUUCGUGCACCGUCAGGCUCUCAGUGAGCAGCUGAAGGAGACGGAGGACCCUGCUCUGGUCCUCCACCUGGCCAGCGUGCUGCUGUUUCAGGGCAGCACCCACAGCAUGCUGCACGCCCCGGGACGCUGCGUGCCUCAGAUCAUCGGCACCCUCACUGGCCGAAUACCCGCGGAGCAGCAGCAGCUGCUGUCUGCGUACCAGAGCCUGGUGGUGAAGCAGCUGGUGAGCCAGAGUCAGAGCAGGAAGCAGGAGGAGGCGGCGGGCGAGGCGGAGGGCGAGGCGGAGCAGGACGACGAGGCCCGGAGCGUCCGCACACAGCUCACGGCCCUGACUCCACAAGUCAAGGAUCUGAUACUGUCCCAGAAGAAGACUGUCACAGAGGACUGAAUCCUUUUCAAAGACCGGAGGAAUGAAUGUUGGAACUGAUGGAUGAUUAACAGGGUUUCCCCCAGAAAAGUUGCAAGUGUCUUUAU